GUUAAAAUAUGCGGCCGUGCACCGUGCCUCGUGCAUAUACUGUAUACGUUUUCUUCUUCUUUCCGAAAUCCAUUUCAUCCACGGUUCCUCCUCACACUAGUAGAGCAAACUUCUGAAUUUUUUCAGUCGUGUUCGUGAACGCGCAUUCCUCUGCGUGACGGCGUCAGAUGACGCUGUUGACGCGUUGCUAUAGUGACGCGCCGGUCGUGUUCACACGCGUCCUGACCGUCUCGCAGAAGAUCAUCCUCAUCUUCAUCCUCCUCCUUACCGUCUUCAUAUUCAUCAUCUUCAUCGUGAUGGAUCAGUUUGAGGUGCUUCGGCAGGUCGGUCAGGGCGCGUUCGGGCGCGCGCUGCUGGUCAAACAGCGACACGGACACGCGCAGCUCUACGUCAUCAAGGAGAUCAACCUGAGACAGUUGUCUUCUCGGGAUAAGGACGCCUCCAGAAAGGAAGUGACUCUGCUGUCCAAAAUGAAACAUCCAAAUAUUGUGGCGUUUUAUAAAUCAUUUUACGACAGGAAUAACUUCUACAUCCUAAUGGAAUACUGUGAUUCCGGUGAUCUGAUGAAGAGAAUCAGGAUGCAGAGAGGAAAACCCUUCACAGAGCAGCAGAUCGUGGACUGGUUUGUUCAGAUCUGUCUGGGACUGAAGCACAUUCACGACAGGAAGGUCCUGCACAGAGACAUCAAAGCUCAGAACAUCUUCCUCACUCAAGGAGGCCUGAAGGUCAAGCUGGGAGACUUCGGCAUCGCCAAAAUGCUGAACAGCACUGUGGAGCUGGCCAGGACCUGUGUGGGCACGCCGUACUAUCUUUCUCCAGAGAUCUGUGAGAACAGACCAUACAACAACAAAACGGAUAUCUGGUCUCUGGGCUGCAUUCUCUAUGAGCUCUGCACACUCAGACAUCCAUUCGAGGGCAGUAAUCUGAAGCAGCUGGUGCUGAGGAUCUGUAGGGGGCGCUACAGUCCAGUGUCUCAGCGCUACAGCUCUGAACUCCACCUGCUGCUCCACCUGCUGUUCAAGGUCAGUCCACGAGACCGUCCGUCUGCUAACUCUCUGCUCAAGCGUCCGCUUCUACAGCAGCAGAUCAGCAGACACCUGGACACACAGCUGCUGCAGGAAGAGUUCAGCCACACGGUUCUACACAGACACACACCAGCGGCUCCUGAAGCCUCCAACAACACAGAUCAGGUGUGCAGAGAUCCAGUGGAGUGUAAUCCGGUCCUGAGAGCUGCGGUGAAUCCGGCUCAGAGACGAGCAGCAGACAGAGCCCCGCACAUGAAUCCUGCUGUAGGUGUGGAGCGCCGGCGGAUCGAGCCGCUGGAGCCGGAUCAGAGCCAGCACAGAGCCGCAGCGCUGGAGCCGUACAAACUUGUGGCACAAGCGAGAGACGAGUAUCUUCAGAGGAGACAUGAAGCUCAUCAGUACAAGCUCAGAGCUCAGAAACAACUGGGUCUCAGACCGUCCACAGCAGACACUGAAGACCCUCAGUCAAACCCACAGGAGCAUCAUGGGAACAUCAGAGCGGCUCAGGACAGGAGACAGCGGGGACAGGAGGAGUACCUGAAGCAGCUGCAGCGAAUCAGAGAGCAGUAUCAUCAUGAUGUCAGAUGCAUGAGACCGAGGGCGGAGCUGCAGGAAACACACACACUGAAGAAGAACAGAGAGCGGCACACACACGGGAAACCGCAGCAGAGAGGAAUCAUGUUUGAGAUCAAGCUGAGCGAUGAAGAGACGAAGACUGAGGAAGAUGAGGAGUCAGAGGACGAGCCCCUCAACCACACACUGACGUUUGCACAAGGAGAAAAGCUACGAAACCAACUGCAGGGGUCAGAGGUCAGACAGGAAGUGGAGGAGGAAGUGGUGAAGAGAGCUGAGUGGUGUCGAGAUGCAGCGGAGACGUUUCUGAACGCUCUGGAGAACAUGGAUGUGAUGACCGAGAGCAGCACGAGCCUCGCUCAGACCGAGGAGCAGCAGGAAGUAAACAGGAAGCACUGGACGAAUCGUCUGCCGGAGACACUGCUGAACGCUCUCUCUCAAGCAGACAUCAUGGACUGCAGCACAGAGACGCUGGUGUCGUCAGAGGAAGAGUGUGAUGAAGAUGAGGUGGAGGAGGAUGAAGAGCGUCUGGAGCCUCGAUCAGAUGAUGAAGACACGAACUUUGAGGAGUCUGAGGACGAGCUGAGCGACUCCAUGAGGAACCUCCUCACCACACAGGAACAGGAACAGGAAGUGAACCGCAGAUCACAGGAAGUGAGGGAGGAGACGCAGCCACCCACUCAUGAUGAGUCUGCAGCAAACUGAUCCUGCGUCUUUCAUUUAGUUAUUUUUCUUUUUCUUUCAUUCUGUGUGAAUCUGUGUUAAAGUGUAAUUUAUUUCUGUGAUGCUCCGCUGUAUUUUCAGCAUCAUUCCUCCAGUCUUCAG